ACAGGAAGGUGCAGAGCUCCCCGCCCUCCCCCGGCUCGUGGCCUCCGCGGCUCCGCGUUCACCGCCCUGGAAGCCCUCCCACGCGGCCCCGGGUCGGCUGGGGGGUGGGUCCCGGAGGCUUCAUGACCCUGGCCCGACCGAGGGAUCACUGGCCCUGGCCGAGGGGUCUGUCUCCAGCCCCUGUUCCCUCCGAGGUGCAGGGGUGGGAGGGGGAGACCCUCCAGUCACAUGGUCGGUUCCUCCCCCAGCCCCCAUCCUCGGGGGCUUUCCAGAGGCCACCUCACUCGCAUAAGACACCUUGUCACUGUCAUCACUUAAGAAGCCCCAGAGUUUUAGGAGCUCUGUGCCAGGAUGGAUGAGGACCAAACAUAUUUCACACCAUAAAACAGCAUCACGCCUGCCCACACAGAGCCCUGGGCCCGGCAGAUGGGACCCGGGAGCCAGCCCAAAGCACCAGACGCUCAGGUGGGAAUCUGCAGAGUUGGUGGUCAGGUGGAGGGUCCCUGAGCAGAGGGGACGUGCAGGGGCACUGGCAAAGAGCAGAGAAGGCUGCCUCGGAAGUGGCCCCUGCUGCCCGCUGUCUCCCACCCUGUGCUUGCAGAUGGCGGGGCUGAUCUCGGGUGGACGGAGAUCCUCCGAGGUUUCCUCUGUGGCCCUGGAGGCAGUGGGGGGAGGGGAGGUGGAGGAGGGGGUGGGCGGAGGUCACGGGGUCCCCCGCUCCGUCUUGUUGCCGUUCAUCCUUGAGCAACCCCAGAGGAGGGGGUCUUCAUUGGCACUCUGUACUGAUGAGGAAUCAGACACAGAGAGGUCGAGACACUAGCCCAAGGCCACACAGUGAAUGGCAGCCCCAGAGCUGGAACCCUGGGCUGUCUGGCUCGUGUGCACACGGGACAAGGAAGGAUGAAGGGCUCUCACUGCUCCUGUGGGUACUUUACGAGGAGAUGGGGCCCCAGCAAUGUCCUAAGCCCCCCCCCCCCCCCCGCUGAGAUCUGGAGCCACGGUGGGGGGUGUCCCACAGCUCCACGUGAGCCACCCCCGAUGGCAGACCCAGCCCAGAGCUCCAACAGCAGGGAUGAAGCGAAAGGAGCUUCUAACACCUCAGCCGCCCCGGAGACUGUGGCCUGGAAUGCCCCGUUUCUUAAACAGCCUGUUUAAUCACCAGGCCGGACGCCUGGAGCAGGGCCCUCAGCCCCGCUGCCCAGGCUGGACGGGAGUGAGGACUGUUCUCUGCAGCCAGGGCCCAGCUCCAUACUCGGCACCGAUUCACCCCAUUUAACCUCGAGCUCGGGCUCUGCUCCAUCCCGGGGUCCCCGCGGGAGCCGGCAGGUCCCUCCCUCGGCCAGGGGGCAGGGGGGGUCCCCGGGAAGCCAGCACUGUGCUUGGACCACUGGCCAAGUGCUGCGUGUGCACUUCCUCUGCCCCGCCGAGGCUCAGCAGAGGCCCAGCGUGGAGGGUUGGGAGCCGUUUCUGGGCAGGAAGAAAAACUGUAACUCAAGCUCCCUCUUGCUCUGAGUGAAAAACUGCUGUCGGCCAGGCAGCCUGCCCUCUGGGCUCUCCGAGGGCCUUGCUGCAGCUAGGGACCCAGGGGCCCUGUCGAUGGAGCCCCUGAGACAGGGUGGCUGGCCUUCCUGUUGGGCCGGCCACAGGGAACUUCCCCAUUGGAGCCCACCUGGCCCGGGCCUGCAGGCGGGGUCCCUCACUGGGCCCCCCAGUGGCAGUCUCUCCACCCCACGCCUCUCCCAGGCUCAUCUGUGUGCCCUGACCCAGGCUGUGCUGUGUUCCCGGCUGGGGGCAGACCGGCCCAUCAGAAACCCGGGGUUGUGUGCCAGUGACUUAUUCUGCCCUAGGAUUCAAUCUAGAGAGAAUGAGGCCAAACGCUGGGAGGAACCUAAGCGAACAGAGUCCCAUAGGUUCCCAGAGUGCCUAGUUCUAGAAGGUUCCUGAGCUCCCGAGGAACGCAUCCCUGGCCGUGGGUUCUGUGACAAGAGCUUCUCUCUCUCUCUCUCUCUCUCUCUCUCUCUCUCUCUGUUUUGGCUGCAGGUAGAGUUGGUUGAGUUGGUUUCUCUUUCUUGCAUCAAAAAAGAGUUAACUUGGGUGUGGGAGAUGCCCCCUGCCUGGGGGUCCUGGGUCCUGCCCCAGGCUACUCUACCCAGAACAGGGCUGCCCUUCAGUGUGCAGAAGAAUUCAGGCUCUGAGGGCUUGAGAGCCAGCCCGAGUGACCACGGUCUGCACGGGCCCCCCCACCCCGCAGCACUGUCCCCCAGUUGGCGACCCACCGGGAUGCAGAUCCCUGUCUGCAGAAAUGCCCGGCCCUGGCAUGCGCUCGGAAGUUGGGGGCAUCUGCUCUGUCUUCAGGGGGCUCCGAGGCGGCCCCAGGGUGACUAGGGUUAGGAGAGGCAGGAAGGGCACAUUCCCAAUAUCUGUGCCGUUAUUAGCCGGCUGGGGGCCACUGGCCCUGCCUGUGGUUGUAGGUCAUUGUCGGAACAGACUGGAGUCCCUGGAUACAUCCCAGCUGGACGGGAGUCCUCUGACCAACCUGAAGCCGCCCCGUGUCCCCUCUGUGUCACGCAGCCGCUCAGGAAGCCCCAGUGACAGUGGAUGGGAGGGAAGCCCGUCCCUCAAGCAUUCACGGCCAUGAGGGUCUGGCCGACCCUGGCUGUGGCCACGUGGCAGCAGGGACACGGACAGCAGCUCUAAUGUGAAGUAGGUGCCACGCACCUCGGGUGACAUGCCCACGUGGUCCCCUUUGCGGUGGGUCCUGAGACUGGUCUCCUGGGUUUGGGGCAAGUCUCUUCCCCUCUCUGAGCCUCAGUUUGUUCACCUGUACAGUGGGGAUGUCCCUCUCUGAGUGAGUGACUCCUGUGUCCUUGGGCUGACCGGCUGCUUCGGGGUCCCUUCCCUCCCCAGCCUCUGCUGCCCUACAGGGCCCUGAGGGCUGGCAGGGGCAGGGCCUGGGGGCGCCCAGCCAGCCACUCCUCCCUGGAGCUGAUGACAGACAUGUGGAGUUUCCAUGGAGGCCGGAAAACAACACAGAGAACUCGGAGAUUUUGUAAUCGCAACUCUCGAGUAACCGAAAACAAUGAAAUCGUAAAUCUAACUCCAGCCCCUGGAGCUGGGUUUUCUCUGCGGUGUGGAGGUGCCCCCCGUGAAAGGGUGGCUGGAGGAGGCAGGGAACAAGCUGGGUGCCUGCAGUCAGCCCGCACCCCUUAUCAGACGCCCCGAGACACUUCCAGGGACGUGGGAUAACGGGCUGUAGCUCCUGGGCCGCCCGUGGCAAAUGACACUCGGGAAACACAGGACAGGUGUCGGCUGUUCUUGUACCCAGGUCCCCUAGAAGCAGAGCCUGAGACAGGGGUUGUGGCUGUGUGAUUUGUUGGGAAUGUUCCCAGGACAGGGCAGGGUCUCUGCUGGAGUCACGCUUCGGCCUGGACCGCAGAAGCUCUGAGUGUGAACCAAGCCACCCAGGCAGGCCCAGCUUGUACCCGCGGGUGCUCUGGAUUUGGGGGGGGGGGCAGCCCCGGGGCAGGCGCUGACCCAGGGCCGUUUUCCUCUGAAGGAGCAGCUGUGAGGGUGAGUCAGCCCGAUCCUCCGGCCGCUGGGGGAGGCGUGCGGGGCCUGGUCAGGGAGCUCCAGUCCCUACAGCAGCCGUGUGUCCGUUCCCAUUUCACAGGUGAAGAGACUGAGGCCCAGAGAGAUCAUGGGGCUCGUCCAGGUCACACCCCACACGCAGUAGAGGCAGGGCAGCCCCGGGCGUGCCUCCCCCACGCAUCGUUCUUGCAAGGAGGAGGCUGUUGUGUGCCGACCCCCCCACCCCAACGCCUCUGAGGCUGGUUGCAGCCCCUCCACGUUAGCGUGGAAGCCGCGCCCAGGACCGCCGGGGCCACGGGGAAGGUCUCACUGCUGAGCCGGAGCAGUGAUCUGUCCCCGCGGUCGCCGACCCUGGCUGUGGGGUGGGUGGAGAAGUAGGUUGUGGGCGUGCAGAGUGGGAGGUGGCCGUGCGGAGGGGCAGUGGGAACCCGCGUCUGGAACUCAGGCACGGCAUUUCGGUGCCACCCGGGCAGAAACGGUGCAGUGGGGUCUUGUGCUAUGAUAAAUCACCACCCUUAGCAGUUUAAAUAACCCAAAUGUGCUGUGGGGUCUCACUGGCCACGGCUGGGCCCGGGGCAGGACUCCCUGACUCUCCCUCUUGCCUGCCCCCCAGGUGAGUGUGGAAACAAAAUUAAAAAAUUAAAAAAGAUUUUUUAAUGUUCAUUCAUUUUUGAGAGAGAGAGUUGGGGAGGGGCAGACAGAGGGAGAGAGGGAGACACAGAAUCCGAAGCAGGAUCCAGGCUCCGAGCUGUCGGCACAGAGCCUGACGCGGGGCUGGAACCCACGGACCGUGAGAUCAUGACCUGAGCCGAAGUCGGAUGCCUAACUGACUGAGCCCCCCAGGUGCCCCUGGUGCUUCCUCACACAUCUUAAAGCGGGGCUCCCAGCUAUCACCCCAAGUUUAAACGGUGUUGCAUGGUAAUAUGACAAUUUUUUUCUUAAAUGUUGACAUUUAAAAUAAUGCAGGAAAUUGUAUCUGUCCUCAUCUGGUACAAACCAGAUCACACGGGAUCUAGAUUCCAAUUGCUGAAUUGGAAAUUGUGCGCUGUUUAUGACUUCCGAGUCUUCAGACCCACUCUGUGAUGCACAAAAUGAGGUAAAUUGAAACAGAUUCAAAAAGAAAAGUUCUGUGAUCCUUAUUUAUAUUCUAAUACCUUACUUUUUUUUUCUUUAGUUAUCCCUACAUUUGUUAUUAGAACCCAAUUGACCAAAAAAACCAUGUAAGUACAAGGAAAAUUAAUUUUGAUGACAAUUAUUAAACAUAAGCUCAUGUUUUGUUGGAAACAGAUGGGCAGGGCCGCUAUUCACUGUCUUGUGUUACCCACUGCGGGAAUUUGAGGGGGGGCUGGCAUCCAUCUACGUUCACUUUCAACUUCACAGAUAAAGAAUCGAAAAAGCCCUAUUGACACAGUGGCCCCUUGUCGGGGUCGGUCAGGGAGGCAGGACCACUGUGUCUCUGACGUGUAUCUGUUUCCUGUGGUUCUUAAACAUGUGUGUGUAUAGAUGUGCAUAUAUGCAAAUCUGUAAAUAAACAUGUAGUUAGGUAAAGGAUUGCAUACGUAAAUAACGAAUAUAUUUUUAAAUAGAAUUUAUUACAGAAUUAAAAGUAAUUUUAUUAGAUCAAUCAAUACAUUUACAUAAACAUGUGCAGACAUGCGUGUACAUGAACUUACACAUUUCUACAGAGGCUUACCUCUAGCAGCACACGUGUCUGUAUCUGUAAAUUCCUCCAUAGGUAAAAGCAUGUACACACACAUACAUCCACAUGCUUGAAUGCAGGGCGGUCUGCAUCGUCACACGCGUGUAUCUACAUCUGUUUCUAAAGGGACAGGCAGCUGGGGUUGGCCCUGCGCGGUGCUGGUGGGCUAAGCGGUGUGGCCGGCUGUAGCGGCUGGAGGGGGGGAGCAGCCCGCACGUGGGGCCCCCUCCCCACUCCUGGGUGUGAGCGGCAGGUGAAGGUGUCCUCUGUGACCUCGGCCGUCUUACCCGUGAGGGGGGAGCAGAACACCUUGUCCGUGGUAGGGACACCGGGAGUUCUGGGAACGGAACAGCCUCUGCAAAGCGCAGGGAGGAAGGGAGGAGGGCACUGCCAGGAACACCCCAGCGGGGUCUUCCUCGGGGGGACCUGGCAGGUGCUUGCAAACCCCGUGGAAACUUGGAGAACGAAGACCAGCCGACCUGAGGGGGCAGAGCUCGCUGGAGGGCCUCCGCCUGGCACCGACACCUGUCCCUAAGCGGCAGGACGGACACGGGGAGGGGGGACCCCAGGUAGGCAACACAGCCGUGGGAGCGUCGACACCCAUGUGGGUGGAUGAGAGGCCGCUGGCUGGGGUCAGCGGUGGGGAGAGUGAGCCUUGUCUACUGUAGAUACCCAGGCUCCAUUCUAGAAGGAUCGCAGUUUCGGACUUGAAGGAGAGACACCAAGUCUCGGGAGGAGACAGGACCCGGUGCUCAUGACCUCGGCUAAUGGUUCCCCGCCAGCACACAGGCGAUCGCGUCACGAAGGACCACGCUGUCGACUGGACCGUAGACGGAUGGAGAUGUCAGUCCACCAAAGCCGCCAUAGAGAGAACCAACCAGCCAGCCGGCUCCAGCACGCGGGAGCUCAUGGCCGUGCCCGCGACUGACCAAGCGUUUGAGUCUAAAAAACAGGAAAGUGGGUUAAAAAACUUUAAAAAAGACACUUCCCAAGAGAACAUUCAGAUGAUCAAUACCCAUGAAAAGCUGCUCAACUUUAUCAGCCCUCAGGCAGACGCGAGUUGACCUGCGACGCACUCUCGCGAAACACCCGCCAGACGGAAGAUUGACCAAAAACACGCGCCCGAACGAACUCAGGCUGCACAGUAAGAAAACAGAAUCCCCAGCGCGACGUCCUGUCCACGUGCACUGGGGGCUCUCACUUCGUGUAUGACACGCAUACUCGCAGAGCACCUGCUGGGGGCAGAGUCCUGCUCCAGCCCCGGAGGAGCUGAUGGUGGACCGUCCACGUGAGCCCUGCCAAGCUGACCGCUGGGAGCUCGCCAUCCAGGGAAGGGCGGCCGCGAACCCGCAUCCUGGGUUCUCACUUGGCCCCAGGCCUCUGAAAUGAUGGAUGCGAUGGGUGCACACGGCAUUUCCACUGCCUGUUCUGGGUGCGGCUGCUUCUGACACAGCCCCUGCCCCCAGGCUGCCCCCAGGCUGCUAGGGACGAGGGGCCAGGGCUGUGGGAGCCCAGGGGAGUGCCACACCCAGCCUGGGGAGGGAUGAAUCAGGGAGGCUUCCAGGGGGCGGUGGCUUUGGGAAUGAGCCAUGUAGGAGGCGGGGGCCCCUGGGUUGCUCGUGGCUCGGGGAGCAGCGUAUCUGUCUUUCUGCAAUAUUGUUUCCCCCAGUUGUUCCCUGCUCCCUUCAGCCUCACCUCAAAUACCUCUCCCCAGUGUGGGAUGAUGCGGGCUGUGCCCACUUUUGCUUCUGGGAGCAGAUGCUUGGGUUCUGUCCGGCUGUACCCCUGGAGUCCAGCCCAGAGCCUGGUUCACCCCAGCAGCUCAAGAAAUACCUGUCUAGCCGGCCUUUGAUCGGCCAGCUGACAUGGUGCCCGGGACCCCCACACUCCGGGUCAGCUUUACGGCCCGUGUCACGUCAGCCUCUCGGCCACAAUCACCGGAGAUCUUGCUUGGCAUUCCUAGGUCCCGGUGUUGGCACGAACACCUGUGAUCUUGCCCAGAACAGGUCUCUCCCUGGGCCUCAGUUUCUUCCGUGUGUCGGGGGACACGCACUUGCUUUAAUCAGAAACCGGCACCCCAAUAGGUGCUCGGGAGGUGCAGCGAAGCAUAUUGCCGUGUGCAGGGCCGCGUGAUUGAAAUGUCGCACUGUACUGCGUCUCAGAGCCAAGAGGCCGGGGCCGCGGCCACCGCCGCAGGUGGGGAAGCACAUUGGGAGGUGGACACGCGGGCUGCACGGCCAGCAUGGCCAUUUGGACUGGGGUCUCGUGACCAGGGUUCCAUCGCAGGCUGUCCGCGACUCCACGGAGAGGCCGCCAGCCUCACCGACAGUUUCCUCUGUCUAUAAACAAACUGCCCUCCUUCCGGAGAGACGUGAUUGCUGGGGCUCAGCGCACUGUCCUCCCAAGGGUGGGACAGAUGACGGGCCGGGUCUUCCACACCCCUUUGGCCCCCCGGGGCCUUUCGCGCAGCCUGCACGGAGGGUCGCUGGGGGCCGAGGCCCAGGGGAGCUGCGCUAAGACAGCGUCCUGAAUGAGCUCAGUUUUCCUCCCGGUAGGUCCCUGAGCUGGGCGGUCCGGUGUGGGGAGGGCUGGGCUGAGGGAAAGGAACCUUGUGCUGUUUGAGAACGAGAGACCCCGAGUCCCCACAUGGGGACAGACCUGUGAUAGCGGGACCCUCAGGACGAAUGGCCCACUUCCCUCUGUGUUCCCAGCAGCCCCGCUCAAAUGAUCUAUGGGGAAGGGCCAUUUUCAAGAGGUUCCAGUCGGUCCAGACCAGCACUUUGGUAAAAUAUAAUACAAAUAAACUGCUAGAAGAUCAAAGAAAAAGACAGGCCCAUUUAAAAAUUAUGAUUAUUAUGAGAUUUAACAACACAAAUCUCUGCGUCUGUUUUCCCCUGACGGUGACAAUGGUUUGCAAAUGGCUCUGGGCCGCAGCACGCUUGGGGUCAUGCUGGCCAGGUGGGGUUGGCUCAGGAAGGUGGUUUGUCCUUAGCUGGGAAGGCGGGUUGCCUGGAGUGGGGAGAGCCCCAGUGCCCCAGGGACCAGGGGUCCAGCUCCAGGCACUCAGUGUGUGGGGGGCGGUCAGCAGCAAUGCUGACGUGCCCCCCGAGAGGUGGCGGAGGUCAUGGAGGGGGCUUGCAGUUGGACACCCUGCUUCUGAAGACAAAAAAAAUCAUGGCAGUUGGGGGUUCCUGAGCGAGGAAGGCCCAUGUAGGAAGUCAGACCGAGCUGAUCGUUUUAAAUUCCUUCCGUAGCAUUAAUUUUCUUUUUUCCACUUUGGCGAGAAGAUCAAAGAGAGAAAUGGGGGUGAGGAGGAAGGGGAGUGAGGUUUGCUGCUUCCUUUUCUCAAGGCCCAGGACAGCGUUGCCCCAACAGCAGAUCGAGAGGGGCUUGGGUGUCCACCAGGGGGGUGCCUUGAACAGGAUGUCCAUGGGCUGCGUGGAGAGAUUCACGGGGUGUGGGGGUACCAGAGAGAGGCCCUCCAGGAAGAAAGCAGAGUCUCAAGGGGCAGGAUGGAGCUGAUGCCCCUCCCCCAUGUUUGCAGUACUCCCAUGGCGGAGGAUAAAGCUGUCAUCUGAGGCACAUUCAGUGCCUCCUCCUUCUCUCUCUCUCUCUCUCUCUCAACACCCAGGAUGGCAUCGCAAACAGGACAAUUACUUCCAUCAGACAAACAGCAGGAGAAGCAAAUGACCUGCUGUGUUACACAGGAAGUAAUCACAGCCAUGGUGCUUCGGCCUGGCCCCUCAGACCCCGGAAUGCAGGCUCUUUCUACCGUCCCCCCUACUUUGAUCACGGCUGAGUCCAUGGCACAAACACUCCCAUGUUCGGCAUGGGGGACUUGUGUGGCUCAUGCAAACGAGCAAAGUGCCUCCUGCACUCCUGCUGUGCAGUGGGGCCUGGCUUUUGUUUCCUUCCCCGCCCCAGGCUGUGAACUCCAGAAAGAUCCAUCCACCUGUCCAUCAUCGACUCGCCUAUGUAUCCUUCUUCCCUCAUUCCUCCCUCCCUCCCUCCCUCCCUCCCUCCCUCCCUCCUUCCACCCAUCCAUCCGUCCUUUCCCCCUACAAGAGGCCGUUGAACCUGGGACAGCCAGGUGCUAUGUACUGUGUGAUCCCGCCUGGGCAUCGCAACAAUGUAACCUUAUAACAAGUGGCGCUUCCGGCUCACAAUAUCUUGAAACGCCUGCUUCUCUUGGAGCUGAUUUUAAACACGGAGGGAAGGAUUGGUGUGCAGACAGGAGGAGCUGCCCCCCUCCGCUACUGUGUGGGACGAGAACCGACGUCAAAGCAGAAACAGCCUUGGAAAGUGCGGGGUCCUCAGCGACGGGCCCUGCUUGCCAGGCGGCCUUCAGCGGGGGGCCGGGGUGGCAGCAGGCAGGGCAUUUGUGCCGUCUUCAGCCACUGAAUCGUUUACAAGUUUUCGAGGUGGAGACGGGACAGAAGCCUCCAGCAGACACAGGCCGUUUCGGAGGUUUCCUGGUGCCGUGGUUCACCCAGAAAUUUAUUUCAAAAGUCAUUGCUCACCAGUGGCGAUCGUGGCAUGUUGAAACCAGACCCUGGUGAGGUUGUCUCCCUCCAGCACCCAGGCCGUUUGGAAGGGAGGUGCGGGGCCUGCCGGGGUUAGGAGGCCAUGGCAGGCGUGUCGCAGCCCUGUCACCAACCUGCUGUGUGAGGCCGGGACACCCCCCCUCCCGACCUUGGGCCUCUGGAUACUCAUCUGCGCGCUGCACACGGGCCAGGUGGCUUCUGGGUCCUUCCUGCUCAGGUGCCCUCAAGUCCCCGAUACUGACACCGAGUCUGUUU